AGAGGUCUACAUGGGUUUGUUGAAAAAUCAUAAGAAACAACCUCAAUUUUCCCACAACAAAUGCCGCAAGAUAGGGCAUUGAGGACAACUCUGAAGAGGGUCGACAGAGUCGCAGAAGCUUGACGAAAAUGAAAACAAGGUAUUUCACUUGUAAGUCAGAGAGAAAGCCUUGCAUUAUUGGUCCUUCUAGUUUCUGUGGGGGCCUGCGAUAAACUUCUAAAACUCGCCACGCGCAUAGACAUAUCACAUAUCUUAAACGGGUGCAAGCAGAGCUCUGAGUUGACUUGACUUUUGACUUCUUCUCGAUCACUGUGAGAAAAUUUGAGGAAGGUUAUCAAUUUAGAUCAACCUGAGAUGAAAUAAGCAUUCUUGAUUGAGCUUCUGGGCCUCCAGCGAAGUUUAAAGGCUUUAAUAGCAGUGAUCGUCAUUGGUCAAAAGAACACAUCAGUGAAGAAUGGCAGGAAACGGUGAAGCUCCAGAUGACAUUGAAAGCCAGCGAGCCCAGCAUGUUCCAUUGAUAACUUCAAUGAAAAAGGAGUUGGACGAGUUGCCUUUUCUGUCCCCUUUGUGUUGUAUCUACAAAGUUCCUGAGCGGCUACGGCGUGUGAGUGAAAAGGCAUACACACCUCAGGUUGUUUCUAUAGGUCCACUUCACCACGGGAAGGAGAGCCUAAAAUCAAUGGAAGUGCACAAAAAGAGGUACCUGCAAGCUUUUAUUGUUCGGACCAGGGUCAGCUUGGAGGAUUAUGUUGUGAAAAUGAAGAACCAAGAAGAAAAACUGCGGAAUUGUUAUGCUGAAACUGUUCAGUUUACAAGUGAUGAGUUUGUGAAAAUCAUUUUAGUGGAUGCGGCGUUCAUUAUUGAGGUCUUAUUGAGGUACUGUUUCCAUGCAUUGCAGGAUGAGAAUGAUCGCAUAUUUAACAAACCAUGGAUGUUGCAGGAUGUAUGGCCUGACAUGCGAUUGCUUGAAAACCAGCUGCCAUUUUUCAUUCUUGAGGAACUUUAUGCUAAAGUCUCUUCUAAUGUUACUGAGGGAAAAUCAUUAAUUGAUCUUUCACACACUUUCUUCACAAGUUUGAUGCAUAUAGAGGGCACAGAAGGCAUUUUGGAGACCAUACAUUCCUCUUCUGUACAUCAUUUUGUUGAUUUUUGUAGAGACUUAUAUCUACCUCCUCCACCAAAAAGGCCAACCAAAGGAAAACUUGAAACCUUAACCACACCAAGCAUGACAGAUCUACACCGAGCUGGAGUCAAGUUUAAGGUGAGACCGAGCAAAAAUUUAUUUGAUUUACGAUUUCAAGGAGGGACGCUUGAAAUUCCAAAGUUAGCAAUAAGUGAUGAAAUAGAGCUUACAAUCAGAAAUAUCCUUGCCUUCGAACAAUGUCAUUGCCUGGAGAAUAUCAUAAAUGAUUAUGUUGUUGUCAUGGAUCGUCUUGUGAACACCCCAAAGGAUGUGGAGUUGCUUGUUAAGUAUGGAAUUGUUGAAAAUAGGCUAGGUGACAGCUUUGGAGGGUCUACUUUGAUUAAUAAUCUUGCUGAUGGGGUCAUCGUCGACUCAAAAGACUUCUGUUAUGCUACUCUUUGUAAAGACCUGAACCAUUACUGCAGUUGGACAUGGCACAAAUGGAAGGCGAAUUUGAGACAAAACUAUUUCAACACUCCUUGGGCAGUGAUUUCUUUCACUGCAGCUGUUAUUCUUCUCAUACUUACUCUUAUACAAGCAGUAUGCUCUAUUGUCUCUGCUGGGCAAGAUAAUUCUAGAAAACUGACAGUAUGUUGCUGCUGGUAUGUGUGGUUUAUCUUUGCUUCCAACUUGCAACUGGAUAUAAACUCCUACAUAAAUACAAGUUAGUGUCAACUUCAGUCUCUAGAUGGCCAUGUUCUGCCACUAUAUUCCCAUCCCGCAUAUUUGGACUUGUCAACUUGAUGGAUUAUCAAUUAAGUCGACCAUGAGUCUACAAAGGAAGUCUUCUGCAUAUAACCUUA